AUGGGACCGUCCACCGAAGUGACCACCAUGGAGCAGUCUGGUGAUGUGCAAGAGGAGAAGAGCAAGAAGAGGCGAGCUCGCGUUGCCUGCGUGUUAUGUCGCACCCGGAAGGUGCGCUGCGAUGUCGCCUACACUGGCGCACCUUGCACGAAUUGCGUCCUGGACGGGACUGAGUGCAUUGUAAAUACACGGAGGAAGCACAAAGAAAUUGACCGAUCAUGUACUUCCAGCUCCCUCCGACCGAAAACAUUUGUGACAAUCUCCCCGCGAAAUCAAGACGAUGCUGGACCGUCAACACCAGACACCGCCCGUAACCCCCAGGAUGGAUCGAAUAGUGGACGCAUGGCAUGCAGUGAAAGGGACACUUCAUUGCCGAGAACCGAUGUGAUCAGCAAUCCUUCACCUGAUAGCAUCUUUCAAACCGGUCCUAUUAGACACGAUCAUGGCCCACGACUUGCCAGCUUCGGUGCAGACGUUCCCUAUUCAUCCUUCCCAUUCCUGACCCUGGACAACAUCGCUCGUUUGAGCCCAAUCGAAAUCAACUUCUUGGAGAUGCAAGGGUGCUUUAGAGUGCCCAGUCGAUCGUAUCUUCAGGAAUUCGUGCGCAAAUAUUUUCUGCACGUCCACCCUCUCCUACCUAUACUCGAGGAGUCGAGUUUCUUCAUGAUGUUUGAGUCGGAACAGCCGACCAACAAAGCCGACGGGAGAUUAUCACUUUUCAUCCUACAAGGCAUCUUGUUCGUCUCGUGUGGGUUCGUCCAACCUGAAAUUCUCUACGCAUUGGGCUUCGACGAUAUUCGCUCUGCGAAAGCUACUCUAUAUCGCAGAGCGAAAAUGUUGGUCGACCACGAUGCACUUUGCGAUCCUGUAGAGAUCGCUCAAGGGGCGUUGCUGCUCACGUAUUGGGGCAAGGUCGACGACGGAAUUCGGCGGAACACGUCCUGGCUCAGCCUGGCCAUUCAGAACGCCGAGAGCGCCGGUGCUCACUGGAAGGCCUCCGCAGAUGCUAGAUUUGGUACCAGAAGACGUCUUCGAAGGCUUUGGUGGUGUUGUCUGAUCCGGGACCGCCUUAUGUCCCUCGGGCUCCAUCGACCAAUCCUCCUUACCAGAGACCAUCUUGGAUCUGAUAACGAAAACGAGCAAUCGAUGACACACGGUUUGGGCGCCAAUAUGCUUUUUGAAAAAGUGUAUGGCGCCAAGCACAAAGAUGUUUUCGGCGCGGCGUUUAUAUCGUUGUGCAACCUUUGUCUAGCUCUGACGGAUGUCCUGCUCUUGGUUCAUCCUCUGCAUGAAUCGACGCAGCGACUGCAGCAACGAGGCAACAUGGAUCCGAUAGCUUCGUGCCACAGGCAGUUGAAUCGAUGGUAUGCCAUGUCAUACAGUCCGUUAAUGGCUGAGUUGACAUCUGCUGAGCCGGACGAGGUUCAUACAGCAGUCUCACUUCUCUCCAUUUACUAUCACGCAGCCAAAAUAUCUCUAUACCAGCUUGAGAUUGUACAGAGCAAUACGGUAGGCAUGGAGUUUACUGACUUGCCAGCUGCCACUUCUGGGAUGCAAAAGGCGGCAGAAGCUAUCGCGAGCUGCAGCGAGGGAAUAUUCAAUAGGGGACAGGCGAUCUAUCUACCGAGCACCGCUCCUGCGUGCACUGCGAUUCCACUUCUUCUUGCGGUGUUAGAUGCCCGUCUAGCCAAGCGAAGACCGACCACACCUGAAGGCAAUAGUCCUAUCGCCCGCCUGGACCGGCUCAUCAAAAUCAUGGAUGUAUAUCGUUGUCAGUACGAAGGGGUGGAUACGAUCUCGGAAGCUAUCCGCCGAGUACUGACCUUGGGAAGUCUGCCUGCAGUCGGUGACUGGAUGGAGCUUGUUGCGACUCACCCACAGGUAUAUCUCAAGUUUGUCAUCUUCUUGGAGAAGACACUGAGUAAGGGGAGAUACCUUGAGGUUUCGGAGGUACUGUACGACAGUAGUGGCCCAUUACCAUUGACGAGGCCGCAGAACACAGACACAACUUCAAAGCAUGGAGCCAACGGGCCAUUGACAGGCAAUAGCCCAGAUGGGGUUCUUGAUGAGUUCGUCUCGAUACCAUACGACGGGGUACAAGACGAGUUUGGAUUUGACGCAUGGUCGAUACCGUCUUUCGACAUGGAUAUGUUUUCAAUGGCCAACUAG